AUGAAAGUUGUCGGAUCUACCUGCACCCUCAAGAACACCGAGGACAUGGUCCGGUGUCUCUCCGAACAGAGUAUGGCCAUCUCCAAGUGCAAGAUUCCACUGCUGGACGAGCAGAUGAGUGUAUUUCUGCAGGACAUGAACAGUUGCUACAGCAAGCUGAAGGAGCUGGUGCCCACUCUGCCAGCCAACAAAAAAGCCAGUAAGAUGGAGAUUCUACAACAUGUCAUCGACUAUAUCUGGGACCUACAGGUCGAGCUGGACGCCCCGGGCAAACAGCAGGCUGCAGAUACACCCCGGACCCCUCUGACAACCCACAAUGCAGAAAUUGCCAGUAUCUCCGCUGAGGUGUGUACAGAAUAAUUACAUCAGAGUAAUUUCAGGAAAAUAUAUUAUUGCCAUGCGUGACAUAUUCAAGUGUAAAAAGGACACCACUGCAUAAUCCUGUGCUGAAAUAAAGUUGUUAUCUGUGUGUUAAAAUGUACAAUUAUCCCUCUUCCUUUUCACAGAACGGAUGCUCUGAUGACAGAAUUCUCUGCCGCUGA